AUGGUGGAAGCACGAUGGUUCUACGGUGCGUACACGCCAACUUUGGAAGAAUAUUUGGAAAAUGCAUGGAUUUCAGUGGGUGGCCAUGCAGCAAUGGUUCAUGCUUGUCUUCUUCUCGGAUCCGACGUUGACAAGCUUGCCUUCUUGAUAGCUUCAAGACUGGCUGGGAAGUCAUUUACUGGGCUUCUCUCAUUGCCCGUUUGA